AUGUCUGUCGAAGCCCCCAAGCCUGUUGAGGAGACACCUGUCGUCGAGGUCCCCAAGACUCUGCCUGAACAGCCAGAGGCCUCGACUGCUCCCGCAGAUACAACUGUCCCGGCUCCCGCCGAGCCCAUUGAGACUACACCCGCCGAGACAGAAGAGCCGGUCGUUGCUGCUGCUGCCGCCACCACCGAGGAGCCGAAGAAGGAUGAGGCUGUUGUCGAUGUUUUCCCUGCGUCAGAAGGCGUCCUGGGAUACAAAGAACCCACUUUCUUCAAGAAAUUCAUUUUCACAAAACACUACUUUUGGCUCCAAGAAGAGCCGUCCACGGCCGAAUCCUUGACCAACUUCUUGCGUUCCGAGAAGGCUGAUACCAAACACUCCGAUGCUGCGUGGGCACGUGAGACUGGAAAAGGCCUGCUCUUCUACUCCAAGCGUGUCGAAGACAAAGCUACCCCUGCUGGUAUCAUCAAUCUGACCGACGCUUCUACCGUCACCAAGGAAGGGUUCAACCAAUUCUCAUUCAAGGCUGGCGCUCACCAACACCGUUUCGAGGCUGCCACCUCCAAGGAACGUGACAGCUGGAUUCUCGCCGUUGAGAAGAUCAUCGAGGAGACCAAAGGAUUGAAGGACGAGAUCACCGGGCGCGACAGCUACAAGAAGAAUCUCGAGGAAUUCUCUAAACCUGCAUUGGGCUCGGCUGCAGCUGCCGUCAAAACUUCCCGCUCCAAAUCCAAGGAACCCAAAAAGUCGGUUGAUGCUGCGACUGCUGCAGAGGCGGCGGCUACUACCAGCGACACCGAUGAAGUUGCCAAGCCCAAUAAUACCGAGCGAUCCCAGUCCCGCAAGCGUGGUAGCAUCUUUGGCAACCUUCUCGGCAAAAAGGAUGAACAUGCUGCCGAGAAGAAGGAAGAGAAGGCCGAGGCCAAGAAGGAGAUAAAGGAAGAGAAGAAGGCCGAAGCCGCCGAGAAGAAAGAGGAGGCCAAGGAAACCAAAGAAACCGGCAAAGCUGUGGAUGCUGCAGAAGCUGCCGCUGUCGCUGCUGGUAACCAAGUCCCAGCUGCCGUGACCACCUCCGACAAGAAGGAAGAGAAGGAAGAUUCCAGCCCUGUCGAGAAGAAGGGUAAGCGCGGGUCUGUCUUCGGCUCUCUGUUCAAGAACCGCAUGGCCAGCCCAACUGCCGAGAAAUCUGAGAAGGAAGCUGUGGCAACCAGCGAUGUUCCCCCAGUCUCGGAGACCGCUCCCAAACUUGAAGAGCCCAUCGAGAACAAGCCAAUCGACACCGCCGCCGUAACCGCCCCGGUCGACACAGUCGCCACACCCCUUGCUGCCGAGGAGGCUGCCAAGGAGCCUACAGCGGCUGAGACAACCGCCGCCCCGAAGACCGACAAGAAGGGUGGUUUGCUAGGCUUCAUCAAGAAGACCGAAGCUAAGCUCGAGGGCAAGAAGGAUGUUAAGGAAGAGACCAAGGAAGACAAAGCGGGAGAGGCUAUCGCUCAAGAUCCUGUUGCCGCCGCCAGCGCCGAUCCUGCCGAGCCCGUCAGCGCUCACCAGGCCGUCACCACCGAACCCUCGACCGAGACUUCCGCUCCUACCACCGAGGAACGUCCUGUCCGUGACAACAAGCGUCGCACUUCCCUCUUCUUCAACAAGAAGCAGCCGGAGACGACGGAGGCUGAUGAUACUGUCGCCGAGCCCAAGCGUGAAAAGUCUCCUCUCCCAGGAGGCAAGUUCAUCGGUCAACUGGUCCGUCGCGCUAGCAAAGCGAUCAAGUCUGAUGGCGCUAAGGAGAAGACUCCGGCCGAGACAACUGCGCCAGCUACCGCAUCAACCGAAGCCACCACCUCCACAUCUGAGACCCCGGCCGCUGUUACUGACACUACCGAGCCCACACCAGCUGAGCCAGUCACUGCCGAGCCUAUCCAUUCGACCCCAGAACCUGUCGCGACAACGGUGCCUGAGGUCAAGGCGACAGCUUGA